CAUCCAUCAAUCAAUAAUGUGGAAAUAGUUUUUUUGCAUGAUGAUGUUGCGUCCGACACUGGUCCUGUUGCUUUUGGUGUUGAUGCUCACCCCGGAGGAAAGCGAAGGAUGGCGUCGUCGACGUCGCCGGCGCCGGCGGGUGCAGGUGAUAACCCACAACACCAACCGCUGCCAUUGCAAUACGGUUCAGGCCGACAUCAUCAAAUUGCUGAGGGAUUUACUGAGAUCCAGAGGUCUGGGCAAACGUGAAGUUUCUACCGUGUUUGACGUUGAAGAGGAUGACCCACUUCUGGAGGAAUUCAUGCAAACCUCCAUGAACAAACGUGACGGCCUUGUGGACAGGAAGGAGUUGUUGGCAACUGUAGAGCGAGCAGGUACGUGCCGAUUGUUAAAUGGCUGACCUACGGAAAACUGUCAGAGCCAUAAAAUGUUGGGUUUUUUCCUGUAGAAACGU